AUGCAGACGCUCAAGCCCUCGGCUCGUAUGGAAAAUCGAGGCUGGAAAGGGGGUGUCUCGCGUGGCCCGACGAAGAUAGAGCAAAUGUCCCGUCAGGAUGAAAGUCAAUUAUCCCGGCUUGGAAAGAAGCAAGUCUUGAAGGUAACGCAUGUCCUGGCGGGAGAGGCUGAUGGAGCGAUCCUGCUGAUGAUCGUCAAGCGCCGAUUUGGCAUGAUAUCAACGUUGGGGCUCUCUACAACCCUGAUGUUGACUUGGGAAGGUGUCUUGGUCUACUUUGGAUUCGGGCUGGCGAACGGGGGAAGUGCUGGCUUGGUCACCUCGUUCAUACUUUCCUGGUUUGGGUUUCUCGCCGUCAUGGUACCCUUGGCAGAGCUUGCUUCUAUGGCCCCGACUUCAUCAGGCCAAUACCACUGGGUCUUCAUGCUAGCACCUCACCGUACUCGGAACAUACUCAGCUACCUCACUGGAUGGCUGUCGAUUGCUGUUUGGCAAUCCCUGGUUGCGAUGGGUGGGAUUCUUUCCGCCACGCUGAUUCAAGGUCUGCUCGUGUUAAACUAUCCCGACAGUUAUACGUCCAAAGGAUGGCAUGGCACAUUGCUUAUAUGGGCCACGGUGCUUCUUGCAUUCAUCAUGAACUCGAUACUCGGCCGGUGGCUUCCGAAAAUAGAAGGGUUCAUCCUCUACCUCCACGUGUUCGGCUUCUUCGCAAUCAUCAUCCCCCUACUGUUCCUCGCAAAACGUGUCGAUGCUACCACAGUAUUCACGACCUGGAGUAAUGACGGCGGCUGGUCAUCAGUGGGCUUGGCCUUUUUCGUUGGGAUCAUCACCAACGUGGGCCCCUUUAUCGGGGCGGAUGGCGCGGUUCACAUGGCUGAGGAGACUCAAAAUGCCGCUCUUGUCAUCCCGUGGAACAUUGUCAUUACCAUGGUCUUCAACGGCCUCCUGGGAUUCGGCAUGCUGCUCACGACGCUGUUUUGCAUGGGCGAUCUAGACUCCGCGAUGGAAUCACCCCUGCCCUACCCGUUCAUCCAAAUCUUCUAUGCGUCUACCUUGUCAAGCACUGGAACGAAUAUCAUGGUUUGCAUUGUCCUGGUACUUUCGUACGCCGCUACUUUCGGCCAAUUUGCUGGCGCUUCCCGCCAACUAUGGGCAUUUGCUAGGGACCGUGGACCACCAUUUUCCAAUUGGCUCCUUCUGGUCAACCCGAGGUCUCUCCUGCCACUGAACGCAGUGUGGACGACCUGUGCUAUAUCGGUGCUUCUGGGCCUCAUCAACAUCGGCUCCGAGACGGCCCUUCAAAGCAUAUUGUCCUUCACGGUGUCAUCCUGGGAAGCAGCCGCUGCCAUACCUCUUUCUCUUCUACUGUGGAAUCGCUUAACGGGCAGGAUCCGGACUCGUUCUCGUAACUCCUACAUGUCGACUGCUGACACAGACUUCCCACUCACGUGGGGUCCCUGGAGAGUACCCGAGCCGUUUGGGUCCAUUGUGAACGUGAUAGGACUGUGCUGGAUUGCGAUUGCGUUUUUCUUCAGCUUUUGGCCUAGCAGCGCUGAAGUUACCCCGGCAACCAUGAACUUCAGCGUCUUGAUGACGGGGUUUUGGUUCCUCUUUGGCAUUGCAUACUACUUUGCCUACGGAAGAAAGUACUACAAUGGGCCGAUCAUUGAAACGAGGUAG